AGCGAAGCGGCGAUGAAUCCACCGACGCCCGUGUUGCGAUUGCGAGGCAAGGAAAGCAAUGCGCGCGACACAUCGACAUAUACUGUGAUAAACCCGACGAAUGGGUCGGAAAAUGCGGGAGAUGCGGCGAAUACGAAGAAUACGAAGGAUUCGGGCGAGGAAGGAGCGAAGACAGCGAAUUCUGCAAAGUCGUCGAAAAAGUCAAAGAACCCUUCGGGAGCCUAUCUUUCAUCGUUUGGAAGUGUAUUAGAGUCGCUCAAAGCGGGAAAGAACACGAGUUUUGAUGAUCAGAAGCCAUCGUCCUCUUCGACCUCCGCGGCAUGGAAACCGUCAAUGAACGUAGCUCCCAAUCCCGCGAAUGCGCGUAAAUCAAAGAAAAAUGCCCUCUAUGAUGGAGGGAGUGGAAAUGUGGAGGGAGUGGAUGUGGGUGCAGGAGUGGAUCAGAAGGUUCGCGACAUGAAGGAAUAUCACGUUCCGAAGGAUCUGAAUGUGGCAAUUAAUAAAGAAGCACUAGACGAAGUUGUGGAGGAACUUGGCUCAAACCAGCCCGCCUUUAUGAAACGAAUGAUUUCCGAGUUGAAAGAUAAGUGAUGUGUUUGUGAUAGACCGAAUUCUAUAGAGAGCCGUUUUUUUGGCUACUACAUUUUCGGAAAUAUUUUAUAAUUAGCAUUAAUUUUCUAUGAAACGCGAUAAUUUUGUAUUAGUAUGUGUCUAUUCUGCAUCUGAUCUGAACGAUGAGUCUCACUAUAGUGUCAAGGUGUCAUUCUGUGGAAACGACAAGUGGACACCUUGGUCUGAAUGUACAAGCCGUCCUGAGUGGCAUUCAGGUAUCUACUUCCUAGCUUCUUUUCAGAAGCUGAAAGCUACAAAUCCCAUUACAUUUUCACUGUAUGAUAAUAAGGGUUGCUUUGGAAAACGCUUAGUGGCUACGAGUGUCUUUGAUCCUAGCCAGCUUUCUUAUUAUGAGCCUUUUGGUCAAUGUGACAUUGAUAUGGAAACAAAGUCGGGCAGUCUUUUUGGUUACCUCUCGGUAAAAAUUCAAUACGUUCCUUCCGAUGCCUUCUUUUUAUGCCCGUCCUGCAAAAAAUUGAGUUCGCACAGUCCCUUUAUGCUUUUUGCCAAUCUACAAAAUGUAAUACUAAAGACCCCCGAUAGCCAGAACCGAGAUCUAAAAAUGAUCCUGCGCAUUGGCAAUGAGGUUGCCUCCACGAGUGGCGAUCCUUCCGGUCAGCUAUACGAGCAUUUCAUGAUCGACUAUUCUCGUAUCUCCUCAAAGAAAAACUUGACCAUCACCAUCUAUCAAGCGGACCGUGACAUCGGACGGAUCGUGAUCCACAUGAAGGACUUGCUGGAAGGCAACGUCUACGACGACUCGUUUACCAACGAGCACAUCGAGAAAGCCUCGGUCAUGCUCCAGCUCGUCUACGCCUGUUCCGACUGCAUCGUCGAGAAGGAGACCGAGGACGGCGAGCUCGACAUUCCUGUCCUCGACGUCACCUCCAUCCCUCGCUCCUCGGUCAACCCCGAGCCUUUCCGUCCCUCUUCUUCCUCCUCCUCGCAGCGCAUUUUCCCGACGCCCAAUCCCGCCACGCAGCCCAUGCGCAACCCUGCUUACGACUCGGCCUCCAGCCUCGCGUCGGCGUCCAUCGAGCUGCAGGGAGGGCCCAGUAUUCCGGGCAUGUCCGGGUUCGCGGCCUCGCCGUCGCCCGUGGUGUACAUGCCGCAGCUGGCGCCGCCUAGAGCGCCGCAGUAUGUGCAGCAGUACGGACCGCAGCCGGCGCCGCAGAUUGUCGUGGUGCCGAGGGAUCCGAGGAUGGAAAUGGCGAUGAUGGAGCCGCCGAUGGUGGUGAUGGAGCCGCCGAUGGUGGUGAUGGAGCCGCCGCGGUAUCAGGUGGUGGGGUAUCAGGAAUCGCCGUAUGGAAGCGCGAACGGGUAUGUGUAUUAAUAAAGGUGGCGGCGUGUGGAUGGCGAGGAUUUGUGGACUGUUGCUGGUCUGUGAAUUGUGU